CGCAGGGUUAUCGCGAUAACCUUAAUGAGAUUCGCGCGGGGAUCUACUUUUCAUCCCACCGCGAAGGCCGCAAACUUUUAUUUAUGGUCAGGACGAAGUCGACUCCGAGCUCAAGCCAUGGAAGACAUCGAAUCAAGAUGCGCGUCCCUUCGCGCCCAGAUUGCUGCUACAGAAGCGCAACUCGCAGCGCUGAAGAAGGAGCUCGAGGCUGCAGAGAAAACGGCUGCCGCCGCGGCGAAGACGAAUGGUGUUACAAGUGCACGUCCGCUUGAAAAUGGUCGCAAGCGAAAGUGGCCACUUUCAGGAGAAGAGUACAAGCGUUAUGGGAGGCAGAUGAUUGUCCCGCAGAUUGGCUUGCAAGGUCAGUAUCCAGGAUGGAUCUUUGACUCUACCCCACAUUGUAGUGUUUGUGCAUCAGACACAUCUGCAACUCUUGCUUACUGCUAG